GUCAUGUGUCGUAAGGCGGAUGGAAACUUCGUAUCUUGCGGAUAGAGGAGAAGAAAGUCUACAGAAAGAUGCACGAAGAGGAUGACAGCGCUCCCAGUCCCAGCAGGAAUUCUCGGAUCCUGGCGACCAAGUCUCUAGAUGUGCCCGACUGCGAUGGCACGAAGGAGCAGGCUCCCAAAUUAUGUGGCUACUUGAAUAAACUGCACGGGAAAGGGCCCCUGAGAGGGUUUAAAACGCGCUGGUUUGUGUACGACCCGAGGAAAUGUUACUUGUAUUUUUUUAAGACUCCCCAAGACGCCCUGCCGCUGGGACACAUUGAGAUAGCGGACGCAUGCUUCAGCUAUGAUGUGGAGGCAGAAGAGGGACUCUUUGAGAUCCACACCGACGGCAAAGAGUUCCUGCUCAAGGCGCCCAACAGGCAGGUGAUGCAUUACUGGCUGCAGCAGUUGCAGCAGAAACGCUGGGAGUUCUGUAACAUGCCUGGCCAUCGAGACAGCCGGUGCUCUCCCACCCUGUUUUAUCCACAUAUGGGUCUGGUGGCCAGAGAUGCAGAAGCAACGCUCUUUGAGAAGCCCAAUGAGAGCAUGGAAAGUGUUCGGAGUGACUUUGCUGUUGAGAUGGACAAUGAUGGACUGGUCGGGGUUCAGUCUGUACGUAGCCCUGUUGUUCAGCCCACUGCAGCGCUCAGUUCCCUCAGACACUGGGGCUCUGAGAUCAGAAAUAGUAUGUCCCACUUGCGGCCUGGCCGAUUAGGAGAGAACCGACGCAGUGUGUUUUACACAUCCAGCAAUGAGGACUGGGAGAUGGUGGACCCUCUAAAUAGAGACACUCCAGAGCACAAACCCCCACCUGAAGGCCAGCGCCGAGAGAGCCCAUCACACUCUCAGAGACACUCCAUUGGCUCAGCAUUUACAUUUGAUAUCCGCCCCUCACGAAUGAAGCGGCCCUUUCACAUGGGCUCUGGGAAAGCCGGCCGCAGCACAGAGAGCUCGCCUGUGGAAUGUAACGGAACCAAGACCACUGAACUGCAGCUGCGCAUUCAGAGCCAACAGGAGGAGAUCAGCCACUUGCAAGAGCAAGAGAACCGCCUUCGGGAGGACCUUGCCAGUCAGAAGGAGUUGGUUCGUCUCCUCCAGCAAACACUACGUAGCUCCCAAUGCGACUGGCGAUCCGCAGGACCUCGGAGUAGCGUGGGGCCCCACAACCAAAACCAGGAUGAGACUGAAGCAGGCAAAGCCCUGGCAGAACGAGACAGCCAGAUCAAGGAACUUUGUGGUCACAUGGAGAGGCUAGCCUUGGAGAAGGAGAGUCUUCAGAAGGAGUUAAAGGCUUUGAAGAUCAAAGUUGGUGAGAUAAACGAGCAGCUGGGAAUGCUCAUGGAGACCAUUCAGGCCAAGGACGAAGUCAUCAUAAAACUCUCCCAGCAAACCAAUGAAGGAGGAACACAAUCCACUGAAUGCAGCUCACCUACUGCCAACAGGGAGCAACAAGAGCUGGACACCCUGAAGGACAGUCUUCAGGGCUACAAAUCCCAAAAUAACUUCCUGAACAAAGAAAUCCUGGAGCUGACAGUUUUGCGAAGAAAUGCUGAAGCAAGAGAGAAGGCACUUGAGGCAAAGUACACCAGUUUGGAGGCCAAGCUUUGUCAGGUGGAGAGUAAGUACCUGGUUCUUCUUCAGGAGGUAAAGACUCCCGUGUGCUCCUCCUCAGAGCAAACUCAUAGCGGAGAGGUCAUCACUCGUCUGUUAGAAGAUGCACUACAGGUGGAGAGCACAGACCAGCAGGAGCAUCUAGUACUCAAACCAAACGCUGUCAGUGAGUAUGAUGUGUAUGGCUUCAAGACCGUGCCAGAAGAGGAGGAUGAGGAGGAAAAACUUGAAGCCAAAAAGAGAGCACUGGACCUGAAGUCCCUUUCCCUAAAAGACCAGGAGACAUCAGUCAGAGUAAAAUGGGACAACUACCUGGCCAUCACCAUGAACAGAGAGAUGGCUCGAUCUCCAGAGCUGAAGGUGCUGAUGCGAAGUGGCGUGCCCCAUAACCACCGCUCCAAAGUGUGGAGUUGGUGCGUGAACUUCCAUGUGAAAAAGAUCCGCGACAGCCAGCCUAAAGACUAUUACCAGAACCUUCUGUGCAUGGUGAGUGAUAAACCCAACCCAGCCUGCAAACAGAUUGAGCUGGAUCUCUUGCGGACACUUCCCAACAACAAGCACUAUGCCUCUCCUGACUCAGAAGGCAUCCAGAAACUCAGGAAUGUGCUGCUGGCUUUCUCCUGGAGGAAUCCAGAUAUCGGCUACUGCCAAGGCCUGAACAGGCUGGCAGCCAUUGCUCUUCUGUAUUUGGAUCAAGAGGACGCUUUCUGGUGUCUCGUGGCCAUUGUGGAGGUUUUCAUGCCACGUGACUAUUACACCAAAACGCUGCUUGGUUCACAGGUAGAUCAGCGUGUGUUUAAGGACCUGAUGAACGAGAAGUUACCGAGGCUUCACGCUCAUUUUGAGCACUAUAAAGUGGACUUCUCUCUCAUCACCUUCAACUGGUUCCUGGUUGUGUUUGUGGACAGCGUGGUCAGUGACAUUCUCUUCAAGAUCUGGGAUGCUUUUCUCUAUGAGGGACCCAAGAUAAUGUUCCGAUUUGCUCUUUCGCUCUUCAAGUACAAAGAAGAGGAAUUUCUUAAGCUCCAGGAUCCCAUGUCCAUUUUCAAAUACCUUCGCUACUUCACACGUACAAUCUUGGAUGCAAGAAAGUUGAUGAGCAUCGCCUUUGUGGACAUGAACCCAUUCCCACUGAGACAGAUCCAGAAUCGCCGCACAUUCCACCUGGAGAAGGUCCGCCUGGAGCUCACCGAGCUGGAAGCCAUCCGCCAAACCUUCCUGCGGGAGAGAGACACCACCCUGGAUGGCCGCACACUCAUUAGUGAUGAUGAGGAGGACAGCUGAAGCACAGCCAAUAAGGGACCAGACCUGCACAGCUGAUUCACCAAUCAGAAAGUGGCUUAAACAUUUCAAAGUUCUUUUGUAUUUCAGUUUUUAUUGAAAACCAACUUCUGGGUAUCAAACUGUGACUUUCAGGGACCAAAGGACAGUAUUCCUGUUGCUCGAUUUUCCUGUUUCAUUGUCUUGUAUUCCUUGAAUAAUCCAUCCAUUUGUACUUAUUGAUGUUAACCAAAAUCAGUAUUAAAGUAACUCAAGUGCUUUGCAUUUAGGGAGUAAUGAUUGUGCUGGUGAGGAUUGGAAAAGUGUCAAAACUUUGAUACACUUACAUUAUGCUGAACAUAGUAUAGGGAUGAACAGUCCUGAACGUACUCUCAGUAAUCGUCAUAUCCAUAAAUGUGUAUUAAACAUCAUUUUCUUGUUUAAUAGAAUAAUGUGAUAACAAACUUGUACAUGUUUUGCAUAUUUCAAGUUUACGAGGCCUGCCCUCUUUCUGUACAUUCGGUACUUUUGUCCACAUUUUGAAUCACUUAAAUCACUUUAUUAGUCUUUUUUUUUUUUUAGACAGUUUCUCCUAUCAGGGAAUUUCAAAGUGCAUGAUUGUAGAUAAUGCUUGGGCAAUCCUUGGCAAAACUUAACGAAUGUUGCAGGCAAACACAGUCAUGAACAUUUCACAAGACUGAUCUCUUUACCAGUUUGAUUACGUCCUUCCUGUCUGUUCUGCCAUUACCACACUGCCAUUUUGCAGAAUGACACUUAGCAGGUUUCACAAGCAUCAUUUCUUUUGUAUUGUGGUUUUACGAGCUCAAUUUUCUGUCUUUUCAGGUGUCUUACCAGGUACCUUUUUAUUGUUUUUAAAUGCAUUUUGUAUUACAGGUAUAUUUCCUCAGUUUUUACUCUCUGCUUCAAACUUGAAUAUUCUACCAACAAACUCAUUAAUGAUUUACUAAAAUACACAAUAUAACACCAUAACACUGAAGGUGCUUAAAAUCAGCAUAAUAAUGAUGCAUGAAAAUGAGUGUUGUUUUUAUGUUUUAUGUCUUGAAAUUCACUUAAAUCUGCAAAUGGAAUUGGAAUUUAAGGGCCUGUUUGAUGAGGG